CACGCGACUGAUCGACGCACCGGCUACGGCACAUCCACGCUCGCCGCGUGUGUUUGUGAUGUGUGUGUAGCGACCAACAAUCAGUCCAAUCAAGUGUGUGUGUGUUUCUGUGUGAUCGUAAUCAUGGCUGUGGAUGGUACGGAUGAGAAUAAUUUGGAACAAGGUAUUUACACAAAAGAUGCAGCCCGUCUUGGAAAGAAUGGACGCCGCCGAAGAUCUUUAUCAGAUCUCAGUUCAUCUCAGAAGUGUGGAGCCUGGGCCUCACAUUUUCAGCGGCUCUUUGUGUCGUUUAUCGGAGCGGAUUGGAUCUACCUCAUGCUCCUGGGGUUCAUCAUGGCCGUGCUCAGCUUCACCGUGGAUAUCUUUGUUGACCUCUUCACAGAGGCACACAGCUGGAUCUACAAUCUUGCAGACAGUCAUGUUGUCUUGCAGUAUUUGGCGUGGGUCACUUAUUCUCUGUUUCUAAUGUGCUUCGCAGCAGGAUUCGCAAACAUGAUGUCAAUUCAGGCCACCGGGUCUGGGAUUCCCGAAACCAAGACAUCUCUGAGAGGAGUGAUGCUGCAGGAAUAUUUCACCUUCAGAACAUUAGUGUCCAAAGUCAUCAGUUUAACCUGUGUGCUCGGAAGUGAAUUACCUGUGGGCAAGGAGGGUCCGUUCGUGCAUGUCGGCAGUGUGUGUGCUGCUCUUCUCUGCAGAUUCAUGUCGCUCUUCAGUGGCAUUUAUAAGAAUAAGGCCAGGAACGAGGAGAUGCUGACGGUGGGAUGUGCUGUGGGAAUCAGCUGCUGCUUCGCUGCUCCUAUUGGAGGUGCGUUAUUCAGUUUGGAGGUCACAUCUAUGUUUUUCGUUGCACGAAACUACUGGCGUGGAUUUCUGUCUGCUACGUUCGGUGCCUUCAUCUUCAGACUUCUGCCGGUGUGGAACAGACAGGAAGAGACACUUACGGCUCUUUAUGCAACAAAAUACAGGCUGGACUUUCCUUUUGACCUCUACGAGCUUCCCAUCUUUGCUGCGAUGGGGAUAUUAUGUGGCUUUGGUGGUGCCUUCUUUGUGUAUUUGUAUGGAAAGAUUUCUCUGUUUGUGAAGAAGCAGAAAGCCAAGAACAGCUUCCUCAUGAAGAACUGUUUCUUAUAUUCGGCUUUGGUCUCUGUGCUGAUUUCUACGCUCACUUUCCCUCCAGGCUUUGGGCAGUUCAUGGGUGGACGGCUCACAAAAAAGGAUUCCUUGAUUUCAUUUUUUGACAAUCGCACCUGGUCAAAUCAUGGCAUCGUAGCAGACUUUGAUAAUGAUGAUCACCUAGCCACCUGGAAACAUCCGCAGGCUAACGUCUUCAUCAUUCUCUCCGUCUUCAUCAUCAUGAAGUUCUGGAUGUCUGCUCUUUCCAUUACCCUUCCUAUACCAUGUGGUUCCUUCGUUCCCAUUUUCGUCAUUGGUGCUGCCUUUGGCCGCUUGGUGGGUGAAGGUUUGGCCACGUUGUUUCCCGAUGGAUUUAACGUUGAUGGACACAUAUACCACAUAGUGCCCGGAGCGUAUGCUGUUAUAGGAGCAGCAGCGUUAGCGGCAGGAGUCACUCACACGAUCUCGACUGGUGUGAUCAUGAUGGAGUUGACGGGUCAGAUCAAUUAUACACUGCCCAUCCUGAUCUCUGUGAUUCUGGCCAACAUGGUCUCUCAGAGUCUUCAGCCUUCCAUCUAUGACACGGCUAUCCGCAUUAAAAAACUGCCUUACCUGCCCAUGCUUAGCUGGGGCCACCGAGAGAAGUAUAAUAUUUAUGUGGAGGACUUUAUGAAAAGAGAUGUUCGUUAUAUCACACUGAACUCCACCUACAGAGACAUAAUCAAGAUCCUACGUUCAGGAAAUCUGAAAACACUGCCUUUGGUGAAAUCUGCAGAGUCGAUGCUCUUGCUGGGCUCUGUCGAGCGCGUUCAGUUACUGGGGCUCUUAACACAGCGAAUGCAGCAUCUGCGAGAGGACAAUGCAUCCACCAUGCCUGUCAGAUACAAGGUUCGCUUCCAGGUCAGACAUGGUGAGUAUGAGUGUGUUUAUAUGGUUAAACCUCUGAAAUUUUGUAUUAUGAUGUGGCCUGUAGACGAAGAAGAGAUUACAAGUGUUUAUGAUUCUGGCCUUAACUUAAAAAAGUUCUUCUGUUCUCGUCCUGAGAUCGAGGCAAUGGAGGAUGACUCAGACGCAGAGGAUGAUACGAUACUUCUUGAGAUUGAGGAGUGGGAGGAGCAACAGCUUGUCGAGCAGGUGACCUUCAGCAGCUGUAAGAUUGACCCCGCCCCCUUCCAGCUGGUAGAGCACACUUCACUGCACAAGACUCACACCAUGUUUUCUGUGUUGAAUCUGGAUUACGCUUACGUCACCAGCAUCGGGCGACUCAUCGGAGCUGUUUCAUUGAAAGAGUUGCGUGAAGCGAUCGAAGGCUGCACGCCGGCAGACGGUGUGAGGUUGCGUCCCGUUCUGUCCACUUUCAGAGACCGAGGCGUUCGAGGAACCAUGACCGAAACCAUUGCACUCCACCAACUCCUGGAGCAUCAGAUCAGCAGGUGAAGCAGAGACCAAACGCACAAAACCAUUAGUAGCUCUAUAGAGACGCUUUCUGUUUUUACUGAAGGAUUCACGAGUGUCUGUUCUCCUUCAAGUCUCUUUCUGUUCCCAUUUCUGCACUAAUUCCACUUUCCAGUUGUGCCAGCAAUAUAUAAAUGAAGUAAAUGUUGUUUUUCAAUUCAUUCUAACCAGUGUAAAUGUUUCUGUUAGUGUGUGUGUCAGCCUGUAGUAUGUAUAAUUCUCUGUGUAAAACAAUAGAAGUUGAUGGAAAUGUGUGCUUGUUGCAGAAGUGGACUAAAAAGGGGGGUUUUAUAUACAGAUUGUUCUCUGAAUGCGAUGGGCAUUAAGCGUUCCUCUCCAUCACUUGUUGGUUAAAGUGUUUGUUGUUAAUUUAUUUUCAUUUUAAUUUUGUUCUUGUAGCAGAAAAGCAGCAUGAGAGCAUUAAGUCUCAUUCUGAUUCAUUUAGGUUUUUUGCUGUUAAGUACAUUUUAGUUUAACACUGUGUUUUAUUGGUGCUUUUUAACAAGAACAAAAAAACCUCGAGUGAAUAACAUUUUCACUAUUGCAUUUUAAAAACUCUAGUUGAAUUGCAGUGUAACCUCAGAGAAAAAUAAAUAAAAACAUACUUUUUAUUGGUAUUACUAUUCUGUUAAAUAAUAACUAUAUUAGAAAUACAGUAUUGGAGAAAGUGCUAUUUUUACUAGUUUCUUGAUCAUGAAUCUAGAAAAUUGAAAUGCUGGUAAAGUAUAAGGAUUACAAUAACACUGAGGAAAUUGUGCAUUUUUAUUGGUAUCUGGAUUGGAAAUCAAGACAAUUUAAAUAAAUACAUAACUAGGGGCAAAAUGUGCACUUUUUAAGCAAGAAAACAGAAUUGCUGUUAAAUAAAGUGUAAUAAUAACAAUAUCGGGAGAAAUAUUGCACUUUUUAUUAGUUUCUUGGUCAUAAAUCUAGAAAAUGUAAAUGCUGUUAAAAAAAUAAAAAAAUAAAAUAUAAUAAUUACAACAAUAUUAGGAAAAAAUGUGCGUUGUUUUCAACACAUGUAACCUUUUUGGAAGAUGAAUCACAUGCAUUUCUUCAAUUCCUACCUCGUUUUCAGACAUAAGAAACAAAAGUUGCAAGGUUUAUUGGUGCUGA